AUGGCCUGGUGGACUAAGCCGCCACAAAGACUGAGCCCAGGGGACGACCAGGGACCAUGCCAGCGGAGAAGCCCUUCCUUAUUGACCCUCGCUUCCAGGAUGGAGAGUGGACGGGUAAAUCUCGCCAAGGUCACUGAAGAAAUACAUGUGUGGCUGCACGCUUCAGAGGUCCGCUGCAAAGUGAGGUGUGCGGCCAGGAUCGCCCGACGCAGUUUACGGCUGUCGCAAAGAAGACGCAGAAUACGGCGGCAGGAGGUCCUCAGCCAUCGGGUGCUCCAACCUCUCCAAGGCUUCUUCCCUCAGCUUCCUAUCGACCCCCCCAUAGUGCGCAGCGACUACAG